UUGACUCUCCUUUAGAACGCAGCAGGUAAUCUCGCGAUAACAGCACAGAUCUCGUUCUAGGAAAGGAGGGAGUUCGAAGUUAUGCUAGCUAGCUGUUGUUACUAUCUAUAACUACCUAACUAGUCAACUUUUUUAAACGUCAAGUUCCAAGAAGCUACAUCAACCUUGUAAACAGUCGACCACUAUGGACAUUGAGGAUGACACGACGGUGUUCUCCACUCUGAAGUCCUUUAAGAGUUUCAUCUCUCUUCCGGACACGUCUCGGAACCAGGGAGAACCCGCCCCGGUGCAGAGCCACGUCCUACAGAACCAGUACCUGCAGAGAUUACAGUUGCUGGAGGCAGCAGAGAAGGUUCAGUCUAAGACCCAGCUGAUCCAGAUGGACCAGGAGAAGAGACAGAUGGAGAUCAGUCACAAGAGAGCACGCAUCGAACUGGAGAAGAACGCUACGCUGAGCGCUAGGGACUUUGAGCGUGAGGUGGACCGUAACCAGGACCUGCUGGGACGAAUCAGACGCCUGGAAGAGAGGGAGGCGGAGUCUAGCCAGAGCCUAUCGGAAAAGGCAGAGGCAAACCGUGCUCUACAUCGGACCCUGGAGUCUCUCAACAGGAGGGUGGAGGAGAGGGAUGGAUGGCUCAACACCUCUAACCAGACGGUGAGCGGUUUAAAGGAUGAGAUCCGGGACCUGAAGCAGCAGGUCCAGACGCGGGACAACACCAUCUCUAACCAGACACUGGAGAACCAGGGACUACAGGAACAAGUGGAGCUACAACACAGGAAGUACCAGGAAGUGUCUCAGCGGUGCCAGGCCCUCCAGUUAGCAUCAUCCACCUGCUCCGACCACGAACUCAAGAUUAAGGUGAGGCUAGGAUUAUUGUUGUUCAAACUCCGACAGCUAAGGGAGGAGAAUGUUUACCUCAGGGAGACGAGGGAGAACGUGAUCCUGCUGAAGGAGGAAACGGAGGGUUUGAGACGUAAGGUGGAACGCAUGGAGAAGAUGAAAGAGGAGAUGGUGAACGUGGAGCUGGAGAAGGAGAAACUGUCUCAGAAACUGCAGGCCUGGGAGAACCUGGGACAGUCUACUGGACUCAACAUACGGACACCAGAGGAUCUGUCCAGAGAGGUGAUUCAGAUCCAACAACGAGAGAUCGCUGUCAAACAACACAACUACACUCUCACCAGCAGCUGUAGGUCAGUGGAGCGUACUAAGGCUGACCUCCAGGGGGAGCUGUUGUCGCUACGUUCUAAAGCUCUGGAAGAACAGAAGAAGAGAGAGACCCAGGAAUCACUGGUCAGACGACUACAGAAGAGAGUGUUGCUGCUCACCAAGGAGAGGGAUGGGAUGCGCGCUAUCCUGGAGUCCUAUGACAGUGAGCUGUCUUCUAGUGACUACACUCCUCAACUCAGCCGCAGACUCAGAGAGGCAGAAGAUGUACUGACCAAGACUCAGAACCACAAUACAGAGAUGGAGGUUCUGUUGACUAAAGCCCAAGAGGAGGCUGGGGCCCUCAAACUACAAGUACAGACUAUGGAGUUGGAGCUGGAGGUUAUGAAGAAGCAGCAAGACUCCGUCGCUGAGGGCAUCCCCUUAGCAACGAACGAGGAAGUCAACACACUCCGGCUGAAGAUUGAGGAGUUGGAGGGAGAGCGACAACGUCUGGAAGAACAGAACAAUGUUCUAGAGCUGAGGCUGGAGAGACACAACUUACAGGGAGACUACAAUCCGGUCAAAACCAAAGUCCUCCACUUCAGUCUGAACCCUACGAGCAUGGCCAAACAGCAGCGUGUGGAGGAAGUGGAGGCGCUGAGGGCAGAAGUGGAGUGUUUGAGGGAACGCCUCCGCUCACUGCAGACAGGGGGCGCUAUCCCUCUUGCUGCUGCUGCAGGAGAGGCCAGCCUAUGUCUGCCUCCCUCACAGGAGGUCCUGGAUCUGCGUAAACAGAUGGAAACAGCUGAACUGAAGAACCAGCGGUUGAAGGAGGUGUUCCAGAGGAAGAUUCAGGAGUUCAGGACGGUGUGUUAUGUUCUGACCGGCUAUCAGAUAGACAUCACUACUGAGAACCAGUACAGGCUGACCUCUGUCUACGCUGAACACAUGGACGACUCUCUACUGUUUAAG